CCCUGACCACAUCCUCAUGAUUGCGUUUGUUUGUCACUUUGGAAUUGUUUAAGCAUUUAUCUUUGUAAUUCGCAUCCAACACCAUGGCGGAGAUGCCCAUUGUGCUCGACGGAGGAACCGGUUUCCUCAAGGUCGGAUAUGCUGCGCAGAACUUCCCCGAGCAUCAGUUCCCCUCAAUAGUGGGGCGGCCCAUACUGCGAACUGAGGAACAGGCUGGCGACAUUGUUGUCAAGGAUAUUAUGUGCGGAGAUGAAGCUGCCGCUGCCAGAUCAAUGCUUCAGAUCAGCUAUCCUAUGGAAAAUGGAAUAGUGAAAAACUGGGAUGACAUGCAACAUCUAUGGAACUAUACCUUUUAUGAGAAGUUGGGCAUUGAUCCCACCGGUCGCAAAAUCCUUCUUACCGAACCCCCCAUGAAUCCCUUAAAGAACCGCGAGAAGAUGGCUGAGGUUAUGCUGGAAGGCUACAACUUCGGUGGUGUAUAUGUCGCUAUUCAAGCUGUGCUUGCACUAUACGCCCAGGGUCUCAGCAGCGGUGUGGUUGUCGACUCCGGUGAUGGUGUCACGCACAUUAUCCCGGUAUACGAAUCUACAGUUCUGAAUCACCAUAUCCGUCGAUUGGAUGUCGCGGGCCGUGAUGUCACCCGCAACAUGAUCGCCCUCCUCCUUCGCCGCGGUUAUGCCCUGAACCGUACGGCCGACUUCGAGACGGUGCGCCAGAUUAAGGAGAAGCUUUGCUACGUUUCUUAUGAUUUGGAGUUGGACAAACAGCUCUCGGAGGAUACAACUGUUCUUGUCGAGUCCUACACUCUCCCCGACGGUCGGGUCAUCCGUGUAGGAAGUGAGCGUUUCGAGGCUCCCGAGUGUCUCUUCCAGCCGCACCUGGUGGACGUGGAUCAGCCCGGUAUCGCCGAAAUGCUCUUCAACACCAUCCAGGGCGCCGAUGUGGAUGUUCGCUCCAGCUUGUACAAGGCUAUCGUGCUCAGUGGAGGAAGCAGCAUGUACCCUGGUCUGCCAUCACGACUGGAGAAGGAGCUGAAGCAGCUGUGGCUCACACGUGUAUUGCACGGAGACCCGGAGAGGCUGAAUAAAUUCAAGGUGCGGAUUGAGGACCCGCCAAGACGGAGACACAUGGUCUUCCUGGGCGGUGCUGUCCUUGCUAACCUGAUCGCCGACAAGGAGGAUAUGUGGGUCAGCAAACAAGAAUGGCAAGAACAGGGUGCUCGUGCCCUGGAGAAGCUUGGACCCAGAUAAACGUAAAACCGUUGUUCACCUCUUUCCCCCCCCCCAUUUUCCUAAUCUAUUUAAACACCUUCCUUACUGCCCAUGUACAGCAUCCUCUUAUCUCUGGGAGAUCGCCCUUGAUGUUCAUGUCAUAUAGGGAUCUAAGGACAGCGUGCACUGCGCCCUACAUUUC